UUUUAACAAGAUUUGGAUCAACGGGGUAAAGAUUCCCGUGUUUACCAAGAUUUUUUUAAAUUAUUUUCUCAAUUCUGAUUGAUUGCCUUUUUUGAUCCCAUGCUUUCCGUCGGUCAACAACCAACUAAAUCUAUACUUCUUCACUACUCGUAAAGGCUUGACGGAGUGAAGCUGUAUUGAGGUAAUCAUUUUGUCUCAAUCAAUCAAGAAUGCCUCAACUGGAUAAAUUCACUUAUUUCACACAAUUCUUCUGGUCAUGCCUUUUCCACUUUACUUUCUAUAUUCCUAUAUGCAAUGAUGGAGAUGGAGUACUUGGGAUCAGCAGAAUUCUAAAACUAUAGAACCAACUGGUUUCACACCGGGAGAACAAGAUCUGGAGCAACGACCCCAAUAGUUUAGAAGAUAUCUUGAGAAAAGGUUUUAGCAUCGGUGUAUCAUAUAUGUACUCAAGUUUAUUCGAAGUAUUCCAAUGGUGUAACACCGUCGACUUCUUGGGAAAAAGAAGGAAGAUGACUUUAAUCUCCUGUUUCGGAGAAAUAAGUGGCUCAUAAGGAAUGGAAAGAAACAUAUUCUAUUUGAUCUCUAAGUCCGUACAUAGCAAUCCGUGGGUCAUCACUUGUAGGAAUGACAUAAUGCUAAUCCAUGUUCCACACGGCCAAGAAAGCAUCAGUUUUUAAUCUCAUUAUGACUUGGUCGUUCGAAAGAGCAAUUAAUUCGAUCAGAAUGGUGGAAUGGAAGGCAGUAAAAGAAUG